CGUGUCUCUGCUGCCGGCUGGGGAAUGAAGCACCGAAGCAGUUUUUAGGUUAUGUCUUGAGAAAGAAGAAAUUGGGGCCAGGGGGGAAGUGAAGAGAAUCAGAUCCCAGACGUUUGGGGAGAAGGAGCACUGCAGCCCCACAAUAGCCAAUCAGGUAGAAAGGGCAGGUUGAGAAGAGUCCUCUGAGGAUAACAGCCCCAAACAGGCAACACUGCCAGGGGGAUGUGUUCAUGAGGCAGAACCCCUCCCCCCGCCCCACAGGAAGAGGGUUCUCGGGGCCAUGGCCCAGCUCAGCAUCAACAGUGACCAUGGCGAGUGGGGCUUGAGCACAGAUGCCGGGGAGCGGGCCCGGCUGCUGCAGAGUCCGUGUGUGGACACAGUCCCCAAGAGUGAGUGGGAGCCCCCUCCUGGGGGUCCAGGCAGAGGCACCACUUCCACACUUGGGGCUGUCUUCAUUGUCGUCAAUGCCUGCCUGGGCGCUGGGCUGCUCAACUUUCCAGCAGCCUUCAGCACUGCUGGGGGCGUGGCAGCUGGCAUCGCACUGCAGAUGGGCAUGCUGGUUUUCAUCAUCAGUGGCCUUGUCAUCCUGGCCUACUGCUCCCAGGCCAGCAACGAGAGGACCUACCAGGAGGUAGUAUGGGCUGUGUGCGGCAAGCUGACAGGUGUGCUGUGCGAGGUGACCAUCGCCAUAUACACCUUCGGCACCUGCAUCGCCUUCCUCAUCAUCAUCGGGGACCAGCAGGACAAGAUUAUAGCUGUGAUGGCCAAGGAGCCUGAGGGGGCCAGCGGCAGCCCCUGGUACACAGACCGCAAGUUCACCAUCAGCCUCACUGCCUUCCUCUUCAUCCUGCCCCUGUCUAUCCCCAGGGAGAUCGGCUUCCAGAAGUAUGCCAGCUUCCUGAGUGUAGUGGGUACCUGGUACGUCACUGCCAUCGUUAUCAUCAAAUACAUCUGGCCAGAUAAAGAGAUGACCCCAGGGGAUAUCCUAACCAGGCCGGCUUCCUGGAUGGCCGUGUUCAAUGCCAUGCCCACCAUCUGCUUUGGAUUUCAGUGCCACGUGAGCAGCGUGCCCGUCUUCAACAGCAUGCAGCGGCCCGAGGUGAAGACCUGGGGUGGGGUGGUCACGGCCGCCAUGGUCAUAGCCCUUGCUGUCUACAUGGGCACAGGAAUCUGUGGCUUCCUGACCUUUGGAGCUGCUGUGGACCCUGACGUGCUUCUGUCCUACCCCUCGGAGGACAUGGCUGUGGCUGUUGCCCGAGCCUUCAUCAUCCUGAGCGUGCUCACCUCCUACCCCAUCCUGCACUUUUGUGGGCGGGCGGUGGUUGAAGGCCUGUGGCUGCGCUACCAGGGGAUGCCAGUGGAGGAGGACGUGGGGCGGGAGCGGCGGCGGCGAGUGCUGCAGACGCUGGUCUGGUUCCUGCUCACCCUGCUGCUGGCGCUCUUCAUCCCUGACAUUGGCAAGGUCAUCUCAGUCAUCGGGGGCCUGGCUGCCUGCUUCAUCUUCGUCUUCCCAGGGCUGUGCCUCAUUCAGGCAAAACUCUCUGAGAUGGAAGAAGUCAAACCAGCCAGCUGGUGGGUGCUGGUCAGCUACGGAGUCCUCUUGGUCACCCUGGGAGCCUUCAUCUUCGGCCAGACCACAGCCAAUGCCAUCUUUGUGGAUCUCUUGGCAUAACCACUGCCUUCCAGGGACCACGUGGCCUUUGCCACUAGACCUAGGAACACAUCUCUUAGAGCUGUGGGACCACUCUGUGUCCACCAUCAUUCCAACUAGUAGGAUGACAUCUGGACAUCCUUUUCCAGGGACAGUUUUGUGGCAAAAUCAGGCCCCACACCUCUGGACAGCUCAAACCCAGCUCCCUUCCUGCUCCCCAGCCCUGGCAGUGCUGGGAUGGUGGCAGUUCUCAUGUCACAGAGGAACCUUCUUCCUCCCCCAGCUCUCAGCUUCUCCAUGCCUGGAACCCAUGGUGAAGAGGCCAGUGGGUCUCAGAAGAAGGCACCCAAUCUGAAUUCUUUCUGGUGAAAGACUGUGGACAAAAGGCCACCAGCCUCCACAAAGCAGCCCAUCCGGAGUAGGGGCUGUGCUCAUUAUCUGGGGGUCAACGGUGGCUUCCUCUGGCAACCUCCAAAGGUAGCAUUGCAGUCAUACAAAUACGCAGAGGCAGGUGGAUUCAGGCCUUGUCUGCUCCCUCCUGGGGCCCCACCCUUUCUCUUUCUCCAAACCUGAUGAUCCAGGCUGGGCACCCCUGUCCCCUUCCAUCCCCAGGCAUCACCAAGUCUAAUGUUUACAAACGGUGCCAGCCCGGCUCUGAAGCUAGGGGCCGUCCUGUGCCAUGGUGCUGUGAGUAUUCCUCCGUUAGCUUUCCUCAUGGGGUUGGGGGAGUCUGCUUUUCUCUCUCAGAUUCCAGAGCCUCUUUGCAGAGGCUCCAGGGUGGGUGAGAGUGAAGGCUGGGAACCUUUCAGACCCUUCACGCAGGCUGGGCUGACCAGGAUCAAGGUGAACCUCUCUGACAUUUUUUCAGUGAUUGUUUCUCUUCUCCCUGCCUCUCCUCUUCCUCCUCCCUUGCCAACUCUAGCCUGAUAACUCAGAGAGAAGAAAGGCAGCCAGGUUGUCACUGACAGGCACAACAUUUGAGCCUGUCACACUGGCCUGGAAGUUUCCUUUCCAGUCUGGAUCUUGUCUGUUCCCUUCCUCUCCCUGUUCACUACCUACCCCAUGGCUCUGCGUAGCUCAGUCUCUCCCACUCACAUAAGUUGGGGGAUGGGGAUGCCAAACCCUCUCACAACUUCCUCAGCAGCAUAUGUCUAUUGGUCCUGGCCUUGGUGGCCUGUCAUUCACAUUGAGGUCAUACCUGGAUUGUUAUCCCAGACAGGGUGGGGAGGAACACUGCCCCCCCUCCAUACUCACAUUUGACUUUCUCGGCCCCUCAGCUGCCCCCUGUUCAUUCUGGCCAGUCCCAGGUACCAGUCUGGCUUUCCUCCUUCACCUGGAACCUUCAGCAUUUCCAUGGCCCCUUCUGCCCAAAAUCUCUGUAGUGGGUGUGCCCAGCAGCCCACCACUCAGGGAAGAGGCUGGUUGAAGGCUAGCUAGGCUUCUGCUCGGUCCCCAGACUGGAUGAACUGCCUUUUCUCACGUCCCCUCCUGGUGCCUCAUCUUGUCUGCCCUGGGGCCAACCCCACUCUGCUGUUCUCCUGCUCAGCCCCUGGGCCUGAAGAGGCUAGGAGGACAGCCCAGACAGCAGGGCUGCACAGCCUCCCAGUGCUGUGUUUCAGGGUAGGGGCGGGGAGAUGUAGGAGGAAUCAUUGCAGACACAGACCAUCAGGAAAAGGAGCUGGAAUCUUGCCUCUUGGCCUAAGCUCAGGAGCCCCCCUCCCAUCCUCUGUGUCCUUUCUGUCAGGGUAUUUCACUGUUUCUUUUCUACUUGUGCACACUAAGAAAAGGGAAGAUGGUUAAUAAAAGGGACUUGUGCUGCUGA